GGCCCGCGGAAUGCGCCGCGUGCUUCGCGCGGCGCGUUCCGCCUCUUCUACCAGAGGCGCGAGCGCGACGCGGAGGACGGCUUCCGCACCUUCUACACGACGCCCGCCGAGGCGUGGGCCUUCCGCACGCGCACCGACGCGGCACCACGCACGCGGCGCAUCGUGCUCGCGCCGCUCGACAUUGUGAGCACGAAGAAGGCGGACGCGUCCAUGCCGCUGCUCAACGAGACGAUGCUCGCCGCGCUGCAGACCGUCCACGAACUCAUCACGUGCCUUCUGCCGGGCUGCCGCGUGAGCAUUGACUCGAAGCGGGAGCUGCGCGUGAGCAACGGCAGGCUGACGCGGUCGGACGCGCAGGGCGCGCGGCGCGCAGACGGCCGGCUCGUGCGGCAGCUCUCGAGCGACGCCUUCCGCGGCGCGCGCCUGCCCAUCGACGAGGCCGUCGAUGCGGACCUGCGCGCCGCAGGGAGAGAGCGCAAGUUGGAGGAUGAGCCGUAUAUCGUCUUUGUGGUGGCGCCGCAUCUGUAUCCGGCGGGGCGCGUCGAGGGCAAGGACCUGGCCUGGGUGUACAGCACCGACGUGGGCGAGGACGACGACUGGGAGGAGGACGACCCGCGCAUCGACGCGUGGGUCGUCUCGACGCACCAGGUGGAGAGCUUCGUGCCGCCGAGGAUGCAGAUCAAGGAGGUGUGCAAGGUGCUGCUGUACUGCGUGCUGCUCGAGGCGCUCGGGCUGCAUAUUUGCGAGAACUUGGACUGCGUGAUGAACAACAACGACUCUGUUGGCGAGAUGGAGAAGGUGCCGCUCCGGCUGUGCCCCACGUGCAUGCGCAAGCUGCAUCUCAUGGGCGUGGUGGAGGACGUUCCGGCGACGCAUUGCCGCGUGGCGAGCUUCUUGGCGGAGAAAGGGCUGUGAUGUGGAGGCAGAAAAGAAAGAAAGGGGC